GGGUGAAAGCCCUAAGAACUCUAAACCCUUAGGAACCCGCCAUUCAGAUUCAGUUUUUACACUCUCUUCACUUCUCUCUCUCUCUCUCUCUCUGAUCCAAGGCCGCGGAUCUCCUCAAGGUAUCACAAAAUGUCACUUCGAGUAUUAAACCCAAAUGCCGAAGUGCUCAACAAAUCUGCUGCGCUUCACAUGAACAUCAAUGCCGCUAAGGGUUUGCAAGAUGUCCUCAAGACCAACCUCGGUCCCAAGGGUACCAUCAAGAUGCUUGUUGGUGGAGCUGGUGACAUUAAACUGACAAAAGAUGGCAACACCCUAUUGAAGGAAAUGCAAAUUCAAAAUCCUACUGCAAUAAUGAUCGCAAGGACAGCAGUUGCACAAGAUGACACAAGUGGUGAUGGAACAACUUCUACAGUUAUCUUCAUUGGCGAGCUUAUGAAACAAUCUGAGCGCUAUAUUGAUGAAGGGAUGCACCCUCGAGUAUUAGUUGAUGGUUUUGAUAUUGCAAAAAGAGCAACAUUGCUUUUUCUAGAAAAGUUCAAGACCCCUGUAGUGAUCGGUGGUGAACCUGACAAAGAGAUGUUGAAGAUGGUAGGAAGGACAACGCUGAGAACAAAGUUGUAUGAAGCAUUGGCCGAUCAGUUGACUGACGUAAUUGUUAAUGCAGUACUUUGUAUUCGCAAACCCGAAGAAUCUAUUGAUCUUUUUAUGGUUGAGAUUAUGCAUAUGCGGCACAAGUUUGAUGUGGACACCCAUUUGGUGGAAGGACUAGUUUUAGAUCAUGGUUCAAGGCAUCCAGAUAUGAAACGAAGAGUGGAAAACUGUCACAUCUUGACCUGUAAUGUAUCACUAGAGUAUGAAAAAAGUGAGGUAAAUUCAGGAUUUUUCUACUCAAAUGCGGAACAGAGAGAGGCAAUGGUUGCAGCUGAAAGGCGCUCUGUUGAUGAAAGAGUGAACAAAAUCAUUGAAAUGAAGAACCAGGUUUGUGCUGGUACUGACAAUAAUUUUGUCAUCAUUAAUCAAAAAGGAAUUGACCCUCCAUCAUUGGAUCUUCUUGCUAGAGCUGGGAUUGUUGCACUUCGGAGAGCCAAGAGGAGAAAUAUGGAGCGAUUGAUUUUGGCAUGUGGUGGAGAGGCUGUUAAUUCUGUUGAUGACUUGACUCCUGACUGUCUGGGAUGGGCAGGACUUGUUUAUGAACAUGUGCUUGGAGAAGAUAAGUAUACAUUUGUAGAAAAUGUUAAGAACCCUCAUUCUUGUACAAUCCUAAUUAAAGGACCUAAUGAUCAUACUAUUGCACAAAUUAAGGAUGCCGUCCGUGAUGGUUUAAGGGCAGUGAAAAACACCAUUGAAGAUGAAUCAGUCGUUCUAGGGGCAGGAGCAUUUGAAGUUGCAGCUAGACAGCAUCUAGUCAACGAAGUAAAGAAAACUAUUCAAGGGCGUGCCCAACUGGGAGUUCAAGCUUUCGCUGAUGCCCUUCUUGUCAUUCCCAAGACCCUAGCUGAAAAUUCUGGUCUAGACACUCAAGAUGCAAUCAUUUCCCUUACGGGUGAGCAUGACAGAGGUAAUAUCGUGGGAUUAAACCUGCACACCGGUGAGCCUAUUGAUCCACAAAUGGAGGGCAUCUUUGACAAUUACUCAGUCAAACGACAAAUCAUAAAUUCUGUGCCGGUUAUUGCCUCACAGUUACUGUUAGUGGAUGAAGUGAUUCGCGCGGGUCGCAACAUGAGGAAGCCAACUGGUCCUUAAAUUUGCUUUCUUCUCCAAACCAUGAGCAAUUUUGUUGAGUUUUCGAUACUGUUUGGUUCUUUUAUAAGUAGUAGGUUAUGUUUCUUAUUUAUGAAAUCAUUUUGUUAUUGUCACUGCUGGCUGGAUAACAACAUAAUGACUGGUUUUUAUGCAAAUUCAUUGUGCCCCUAUGGCUUGUCUGUU